AUGGCGCCACGUCCAUCGGCGCCAUCGUUGUCGAUUCCGGCAGAGGAUAUCCCGGAGGUUUCGCCUGGAGAGCUCCAGGUGGCAGUGUCUCGGUUGCGGAGCAAAAACUCGGCUCCGGGGCUCGACGGUGUACCCGGACGUGUCUGGGUCCUCGCUGUCGAGUCACUGGGGCACUUUCCCGUCGCGGUGGAAGACAGGGAAGCUUGUCCUGCUCAAGAAAGAAGGAGACCCGCAGAGUCGCCAUCGGCCUACCGACCGAUCGUGUUGCUCGACGAGGUGUGCAAACUGUUCGAGCGUGUGGUACACGCUCGCCUCGUCGGGCAUCUCGAGCGGAUCGGCCCGGAUCUGGCCGCUUGCCAGUACGGGUUUAGGCGCGGCCGAUCCACGAUUCACGCGAUUCUGCGGGUGAAAGCACUGGCGGAGGAUGCAGUCGCUCGGGGUAGGGUCGUGCUGGCGGUGUCCUUAGACAUCGCCAACGCGUUUAACACCAUGCCCUGGGCCUGCAUCAACGAGGCACUGCGGUAUCACGAGGUGCCACCUUAUCUCCGGCGUCUGGGCUCGGUCCUCGGGCCGCUCCUGUGGAACAUCGGCUACGACUGGGUGCUCCGUGGUACCAACCUUCGAGGCGUCGCCGUCGUCUGCUAUGCGGACGACACGCUCGUGACGGCGACGGCCAGGACCUUUCAGAGGGCGUCCCUGCUCGCCUCAUUCGGUACCGAAUUGGUGGUGCGCAGGAUUCGGCGACUGGGUCUCGCGGUGGCUCUCCACAAGACCGAGGCCCUUGCCUUCCAUGGGCCUCGGAGUAGGCCGCCCAUCGAGGCCUACAUCUCUGUGGAGGGCGUGCGGAUACCCGUCGGCUCAAAGAUGAAGUAUCUCGGUCUUCAUCUGGACAGCCGAUGGGACUUCCGCGCGCACUUUGAUGCUCUCGCCGAAGUUGGUACGGACGGCCGGUGCUCUCGGCCGUCUGCUACCAAACGUCGAAGGUCCUGGCAAUCCCUGCCGGAAUCUGUACGCUGGAGUCGUGCGGUCUAUGGCCCUAUACGGUUCUCCCGUAUGGGCCAAUUCCCUGAACGACCGCUGCGUCAGGCUGCUGCGAAGACCGCAGCGCAUGGUGGCGCAGCGUAUCGUCAGGGGCUACCGCACGAUCUCACACGAAGCGGCUUGCGUAUUGGCGGGCACUCUGCCCUGGGAUCUCGACGCGCGGGCUCUCUCUUCUGUCUUCUGGUGGCGGGAAGAGAGCUUGCGCCGAGGACAGAGGCUAGCCCCCAAGAGGUCGAGACCACUCUGGUCUCCCUCCGCAACGCCGCUGUGGAGGAAUGGCAGCUCAGGCUGGAGAGCCCGAGUGCGGGCUUGAGGACCGUCGCGGCAGUGCGACCCGUCCUUCGACAGUGGUUGGACAGGCGCCACGGUGCGCCGACAUUCCGGCUGACGCAGGUGCUCACCGGGCACGGGUGCUUCGGUGCAUACCUGUGUCGCAUAGCCGGGAAGGAGGAGUCCGCCGUGUGCCACCACUGUGGCAACUGCCGCGAGGACACGGCCCAACACACUCUCGAGGAGUGCCCAGCCUGGACGGAAGAGCGCAGCGCUCUCUUGGCCGUCAUCGGAAGCGACCUCUCGUUGCCGACCGUGGUCGCCGCCAUGGUCCGCAGUCGGAGGUCGUGGCGAGCUAUGGCCUCCUUCUGCGAGCGUGCCAUGUCGCAGAAGGAGGCCGCGGAGCGGGAUAGGGAGCAGACCGAUCCCGCCCGCCGCCGCCAGAGGAGAAGGAGGCGUCGGGGCGACGGUGUCUAACCCGUCGCCCUGCGCCUCGUGGGCAACCGGGGCCGCCGCUCCUACCAUCCAUUAAGGCGGCCCACGGGGUGGGCGACAGCGUGAAGGGCUAGGCCUCACGUUGUCGCCGUCGCCACAGCGACGCUCGGCG